UUGAGUGGAGACUACUCCACCACAGUUGCAUAACAGAGCAGAACCAAAGAACAAGACUCAGAUUUCAAAACGCGAGGAACCGAAGGUUAUGCGCCUUAAAACAACCACCUAUAUCUGCUUGAGCAAUUUUUGUUAGGGGAGAAGUUUGUUCAGAGAAGGAGAAUAUGGGUGAAACGAUGAAGAAGGAACCGUCACAGUGGUGGUGGCUUGAUAGUCAGAACACUACUAAUCGAUCCCCAUGGCUUCAAUCCACUCUCUCUGAGCUAAAUGUGAAGACAAUGGCAAUGCUAAAGUUAAUUGAAGAAGAUGCAGAUUCCUUUGCCAAACGUGCAGAGAUGUAUUACAAGAAGCGACCAGAACUUGUGAGCAUGGUUGAGGAUUUCUACAGGACACACCGCUCCCUAGCUGAGCGCUAUGAUCAAGUUAAACCUGAUACCACUGGAAUUGGACACCUCGUUACUGGGGGGUCACCUUUUGCUUCAGCCAAGUACCAGAUAGAGAAGUUGAUGUGUUUUUCAGAUAAUGGGUACGACACCUAUUCUGAGCAUUGUGAUGUGUACGAAUCUGAGGAAUCUGAAGUAGAUGAUGAUCCUGAGCAGGAGGAAGAGGGGACCGAGUUUGUUCACAGCUGUACAAAAAAGGAGAAAGCUUCAUCAGUGGCCGUGAGUGAUGAAUUGAUGAAGCUGAGGGACGAAGUCAGAAGACUCAAUGAAGAGGACAAUGCUCAUAGAGAUCAAAUCAAGGAGAAGAACACAACUUGUGAGGAAGUCAAGAUGUUGAGGGAAGAAAUAGGAAGGCUUAGAGAUGAGAAUGAGGAACAGAAGAAACAACUCAAACAGAAGGAUGAAGAGAAGAUAGAGGUGAUAAGACAGUUGAGUUUAGCAAUAGAUUUGCUGAAGCAGGAGAAUGUGAAGAUGAGAAAUUUCAUUUCCAAGGAGUCUACCAAGAAAUGGAAGAAACCGUUUGAUGAGAUCAACAAACUUGUGGGAGCCUUUUCGAUGAAGUUGUUCAGUGGUGCUCCGAGGAAUCAGCCCAGCGUUGAGCUCUCAACAUGUGGUCGCAAAUAACUAACUAAUUAUGUUCAAACGAUCUUAUGGAGAUGUUUAUAUUCAUGUUAGGAACUUAUUCCUAAAAUCUUACAUUUUUUUUCCUUCUAUCUCCGUAGUGUGUGUGCUUGGUUAUAUUCAUUAUAUUAUUCUUUUACAUAUGCAGUCUUCUCUAUA